AUGAAGGGCUGGCUCCAGACCUUGGGCUUGACGGCCCUAUUAGCAAGCUAUGCGCUUGCGAACGAUGCCGAACUGAAAUCUGAUGAUGCGCACCGACAACGAUGCUCAGGGAUGUACAGUCGCAAGGCUUGGGGAGGAGAUGUUGACCCCUUCAUUUUGGUGAAAUUUACGAAGUCGGAAUCCCAGGAAAGUGAUCCUUUGGCUAGUUUGGUGAUCUUUGAAUGGUCCGAUGAGGGAUUGAUUGGCCAGUACGGGGCCGAUGAUGCUGAGGUCAAGGAAACAAUCUGCGAUGCCUCCAACGUUGAGGCAAAUAUCUGUACUCAAGAACAGCUCGGCUCUUUUGUUCUCGCUAGCAAUGCCACCGACGCCUCGAAAAGCCCCAUCAUCUCGAAAGCAAUCCACCUAAACAAUCCCGACGCCGUGAAAUACCCAGUCAGAAAGACUGGAUUCUACUGCGUGAGCACGUAUGCAUACUCCGGUCAGGACUACAAAGCGGUGGUUACCUUCCGAAACUCAUACGGCGAGCUUCCCGCUGCACAAAUCGCAAAGCUUCCAUUUUAUGGGGCCUUGACGAUCGUGUACGCUGUUAUUGGAGCAUUCUGGGCCUUCCUUUACGUGCAGAACCGUUAUGACAUUUUGCCCGUCCAAAACUAUAUCACUGCAAUUUUGGUAUUCUUGAUCGUCGAGCAGCUGAUGACCUGGGGAUUCUACGAAUACCAAAACCGUCAUGGUCUAAAUGCCGGCGCAAAGGCACUCAUGGUCAUUGUGGCAGUACUCAAUGCGGGCAGAAAUGCUUUCUCUUUCUUCCUCCUCCUAAUUGUCUGCAUGGGCUACGGCGUGGUCAAGCAUUCAUUGGGCCGAACCAUGAUCUACGUUCGCAUCUUGGCCAUUGGUCACUUCGUGUUCGCGGUCGUCUACUCAGUUGCCAGUCUUUCGAUCACCCCCGAUAGCGCCGGUCCUCUGGACCUUAUCGAUAGAAAGCAAAAGACCAAGGCGAUGAUGUACAAAAAGCUGUGGUGGUGUAUUCUCGGCAGCAUCAUUGUGAUCUUCGGUUUCUUCUUCAUCAACUCGUUCGCUUUCGCUGGACGCAGUGACGCCAGCUUUGUGCCCGAGCACUGGAAGGCGAGAUGGUUCGUUCUGGAUGGUUGGCUAAAUCUAGUUUACCUGUUCGAUAUCGGAUUUGUGGCUUAUCUAUGGCGACCAACUGUCAACAACCGCCGCUUCGCCAUGAGUGAUGAGCUUGCUCAAGAUGACGAUGGAUUCGAGAUUCGAUCAUUCGGCAGUGGGUUGGAUGAAGAAGAUGCCUAUGAUGCUCCCCCGGAUUAUCCUGGCAGCUCAGCCGCCGAAGGCCGUCGGGAUCUCUCCCCUGUUCCUCCCAAGCCCUUCUCCUCCUCGGCACCCCGCCAUCGUGAGUCACUCGACGAAGAGACAAUAUUUGCAGUCGGUGAAGAGGAUGGUGAGAGAUGGUCCGAUGAUGAAGAGUCGCCUCGCAAUUCAAGCGAGAGACAGAGACUCACCAGCAAAGACAAGGAUUAG